UCCUCUUUCUGUGUUCUAGGACCCAGGACACCCACUAGGAGGCGCGCGCGCGAGGAACUCUGUGGGUGCAGAGGCGCGAUGGACGGGGAGGCUGGGGGGGCGCCCGAGGUGCACAGGUCCCCGGCUCCCAGGGACUUCCACUUCUGUCCCACGGAUCUGUAUGACUCCGAAGGCCGGCUGCGGCUCUUCCCGGAAGAACACACGCGGACGGGAAGACAAGUCCCCGCCGAAAUGACCGGCGAGCCCGGGGGGGCGGCCCCAGGUAAGGCCCAGAGCGACCUGGAGGAGGAGGUGCAGGAGCUUGCGGAUUUGUACGCGCUUGGAGGUGGUGGCGAGUGGGGCGCGGAGCUCGUGGAUGGAAGCGCGCCGCGCGUGGAGGUCUCGGAACCCCGGCUGCACCUGCCCGCGGCCGGGGCGCAGAGGGACUGGCGGCUGGGCGCCGAGGCCGAGGACCCGGGCUGCUUGGGCUGGGGCGCGGCCGGCCGGGACCUGCGGGAAGCCUACAGGUACGCGCACGGCCGGGCCAGCGAGGAGUACGAGUGCUACGUCAUCCCCGAGGAGGAGGACGAGGACGAAGCCGCCCUGGUCUUCUGUGUCACUUGCAAAGCCCCAGUAAGGGCGUGCGAGGUGUCGGAUGCGCACGGAGAGCAUGAGGUGACCCCCCUCAGCAAGGCCCUGGAAAGCGCCAAGGACGAAAUUCACAAAAACAUGUUCAAACUGGAAAAGCAGAUUAUCGAGAUGGAGAAUUUUGCAAAUCACUUGGAGGAGGUUUUCAUCACCGUGGAGGAGAACUUUGGAAGACAGGAACAAAAUUUUGAGUCACAUUUCAAUGAGAUUCUGGAAACACUUGCUCAAAAAUAUGAAGAAAAAAUACAAGCUCUCGGAGAGAAAAAGAAAGCGAAGUUGGAAGCCUUGUAUGGACAACUGGUCAGCUGUGGGGAAAACCUGGAUACCUGUAAGGAACUCAUGGAAACCAUAGAGGAGAUGUGUCACGAAGAGAAGGUCGACUUCAUACAGGAUGCUGUGGCUAUGGCUGACAGACUGGGAAAAUUCUUGAAUACGGAAACAGACGUGGAAAUCUCUGCGCAGCCUGACUUUGAAGACCAGACCUUGGACUUCUCUGAUGUGGAGCAGCUAAUGGGCUCCAUUAACACCAUCCCAGCUCCUUCUGCUCCAGUGAUAAACCCACAGGCCCCCAACUCAGCCACGGGCUCCUCUGUCCGCGUGUGCUGGAGUCUGUACUCUGACGACACGGUGGAGAGCUAUCUGCUGUCCUACCGGCCGGUGCAGGACGGCUCGCCUGGGAAGGACCAAGCAGAGUUUACAAUGACUGUCAAAGAAACGUAUUGCUCAGUGAGAAAUCUUGUGCCAAACACCCAGUAUGAAUUUUGGGUCACAGCUCAGAACAGGGCCGGCCGCAGCCCCGCCAGUGAGCGUGCAAUGUACAUGACAGCCCCCUCCCCUCCCGUUAUAAAAAGCAAAGAGAUACGGAGCUGCGAAGAGGCUGCACUGAUUUGCUGGGAGUCUGGGAACCUGAAUCCCGUGGACUCGUACACGGUAGAGCUGACCCAGGCGGAAAGUCCUGAAGCCUCGGGAGUAACUGAGUCGGUCGUGGGCAUCCCGACCCGCGAGGCCUUGGUGCAGCUGCAGCCCAGGCAGCGCUAUACCAUCUACGUGCGAGCCCUCAGCGUGGGGGGCCCCAGUGCAAGGAGCGACCCCGUGACCGUCUACACCACAGGCAGCUUCUUCCACCUGAACCAGCACACCUGCCAUCCCGGGCUGACCAUUUCUGAAGAUGGGUUUACGGUCGUGCGGAGCGAAAGGAAAACCCCAGCAAAGGAGCCGCUCCCUGGCAACACCCGGUUUACCAGGUGUGUUGCCGUCAUGGGGAAUCUCAUUCCAAUCCGAGGGCGCCAUUACUGGGAGGUGGAGGUGGACGAGAGGUCCCACUACACGGUGGGCGUGGCCUUUGAAGAUGUCCCUAAACAAGAGGACCUGGGAGCAAACUGCCUGUCUUGGUGCAUGAGGCACAGACUUGCAUCAUCACGGCAUAAGUAUGAGUUCCUGCACAACGGGACGACUCCAGAUAUAAGAAUAACUGUCUCCCCGAGGAAGAUCGGCAUUCUGCUAGACUAUGAAAAUUCAAAAUUGUCAUUUUUCAAUGCGGACAUUUCUCAGCAUCUGUACACGUUUAGUUGUCAGCUUCACCAAUUUGUGCAUCCCUGUUUUUCUUUGGAAAAGCCUGGGUGUCUGAAGAUACAUAAUGGCAUUUCAAUGCCAAAGCACAUCACUUUCUACUAGACCAUUCUGAUGCCAGCUCCCUCUCUUCUGUACCCACCCCUCCAAGCCGGCCACCCCUCAGCUGGUUGAACUUGGCGUUCAAGCACAGGUUUCUAGCACUGCCACCUGUAUGAUGUUAGGUUAGUCAUUACCAGGCGCGGCUGUAAAAUGAGGGCUCAGACAAAAUGAACUCCAGGCCUUUCAGGUGGUCAAACUGUAUCGGUCUGUUUGUUUAUAUGCAAAGUAUCUGAAAGUCCAAGGCCUACAGAGCUUGAGGGCAGGGGCAAGGGAGGGAAGAGAUACAUAAGUACUAGUGGCCGCGGCACACCCGGGACAUCUCUUGAGUCAGCCGGGAACAGACUCCAGAAGGCAAGAGGCUGUCCACAGAGAACCAGGGAAGCCACGCGCCUUCUGUUUUCCGGGGAGUUAAUGGCACUGUGAUGCGGUUUCUGGCACUGAGCACGCUGUCACACCUGUUCCCCUCGUUCACAGAACUUACCCCACUCAAACUUUGAAAUGACCUCUACCGUGCGCUCUUCCAUGAAGGCAGGGACAGUGUCUGUCCUGUUCAUCAUUCGGUCCCUAAGGACUAACAUGUAACAAACGGUACACACCAAAUACUGAAUAAAUCAGUAUCUUCCUCAUCCAA